GUCAAGGAGACAGCACCAAAAGGCAAAACGAAGGAGACCAUGGCAAAGAAGGUGGCAGUGAUUGGAGCUGGAGUCAGCGGCCUGGUCUCACUGAAGUGCUGUGUGGAUGAGGGACUGGAACCCACUUGCUUUGAGCGGACUGAAGAUAUUGGAGGGCUGUGGAGGUUCAAAGAAAAUGUUGAAGAUGGCCGAGCAAGUAUCUAUCAAUCUGUCAUCAGCAACACCAGCAAAGAAAUGUCCUGUUUCAGUGACUUUCCAAUGCCUGAAGACUUUCCAAACUUCCUGCACAAUUCUAAGCUCCUGGAAUAUUUCAGGAUUUUUGCCAGAAAGUUUGAUCUUCUAAAAUAUAUUCAGUUCCAGACAACCGUCCUCAGUGUGAGAAAACACCCAGAUUUCUCAUCCUCUGGCCAAUGGGAGGUUGUUACUGAGAGCAACGGCAAGAAGCAAAGCGCUGUCUUUGAUGCGGUUAUGGUUUGCAGCGGCCAUCACAUCCUCCCUCACAUCCCACUGGACUCCUUUCCAGGUAUUGAGAAGUUCAAAGGCCAGUAUUUCCAUAGCCGCCAGUACAAGCAUCCAGAGGGAUUUGAAGGGAAACACAUCCUGGUGAUUGGACUAGGAAACUCGGCCUCAGAUAUUGCCGUUGAGCUGAGUAAGAAGGCUGCUCAGGUUUUUAUCAGCACCAGACAUGGUUCCUGGGUCAUGAGCCGUAUCUCCGAAGACGGCUAUCCCUGGGACAUGGUGUUGCACACCCGGUUUAUCUCCAUGCUCCGAAAUGUCCUGUCACGAUUCAAAAUAAUUCGAAAAUGGAUGAUGGAACAGCAGAUGAAUCGGUGGUUCAACCAUGCAAAUUAUGGCCUUCAGCCUCAAAACAAACAUCUCAUGAAAGAACCUGUAGUAAAUGAUGAUCUUCCAAGUCGUAUACUCUAUGGAGCCAUCAAGGUGAAAUCAAGAGUGAUAGAGCUCACAGAAACUUCCGCCAUCUUUGAAGAUGGAACAGUGGAGGAGGAUAUUGAUGUCAUUGUCUUUGCAACGGGAUAUACUUUCUCUUUUCCCUUCCUGGAAGAGUCACUUGUUAAAGUAAAGGAUAAUACGGUCUCACUGUAUAAGUACAUGUUCCCUCCUCACCUGGAGAAGUCAACUCUGGCAUGCAUUGGUUUCAUCCAGCCCCUAGGCUCCAUUUUCCCAACUGUUGAACUUCAAGCUCGUUGGGCAACCAGAGUUUUCAAAGGCUUGUGUACCUUGCCCUCAGAGAAGACUAUGAUGGCAGACACUAUCAAGAGGAAUGAAAAAAGAAUAGAUCUGUUUGGAAAGAGUCAGAGUCAGACACUGCAGACCGAUUAUAUCGACUACUUGGACGAGCUCGCUUCAGAGAUAGGUGCGAAGCCAGACCUCCUGUCUCUCCUGCUAAAAGAUCCCAAACUGGCCAUGAAGCUCUAUUUCGGACCCUGCAACUCCUACCAGUACCGGCUCACUGGGCCUGGGCAGUGGAAGGGAGCCAGAAGUGCCAUUAUCACUCAGAAAAAGAGGAUACUGAAGCCUUUAAAGACACAGGCACUAACAACCUCAUCUAAUUUCCUAGUUUCCUUCCUGUUGAAAAUCCUGGGGCUUCUUGCUAUUUCUAUGGCCUUUUUUUUCCAGCUUCAGUGGUUCUAAUCUGUCAGAGUAAGGCUUUUGACUUUAGUGUCAGUCAGCUCCUCUUUAAAAACAAAAAAGGCUAAAAGAAAAAAUAUUAAAUCUAGAUUCUAUGUUUCAGAGCUGAUAGGAACAGAGAGGUGGUUGUAGAGAAUUAGCAGAAUUAGGUCCGUGUAAAACACCAAAAUGGCGUCAUGAAAUGUCUUGGCCAUUCCAACCUUUCCUCAAGUUCGCCAGAUUGUCCAAAAGGACAAAUAACAUGGCCAUGUACAUAGUGCUGCCAGCCCUUACGUAACACAGUUGUGUGGAAAAAAACAGAAAUGCACAGAAUGAAAAGCAGGCCCCAUGGCUUAAAACAUUGGAAAAUUUCAACAGUGAGUAAAUAUCUAAUCCCCUGCGUGAUGCUCUUAAUAGUCCCCUUACCCAGACUGUAUUUGGUAACAAAGUCCUUGGGUGUUACAUCAUGCUCCAUUUGCUUAGUGGGGCAUUGCUCAAAAAUCCUGGAGAUGACAAUGAGAGGAUAGACUCAAAAAACGAUGGCAAUGAUGUGACAGACUUCUAGCACCUCAUGUUGAAAGCUGAGCCAAUAGCCACAUUUCUGAUACUUUGACAUAAAUCCACUGUAAAAAUAAAAAUAAAUAUGCCAUAAUAGCUAUAUACAUAUUUAGUACUUACCAUUGACCAGACAUUGUGCUAAGUGCACAGUAUAGUAUUCACUUCAUUUAAUUCUUGUGAUAAUUUUGUUAGAUGGGUGUGGCUAUCAUACCCACUUGUCAGAUGAUGGAACUGAGACUCAGAGCAUUUGGGUAACAUGCCCAAGACCAUACAGCUGGUCUUGUCGUGGAGCUGGGAUUUGAACCCAGUUUUGCUUGACUCUAGAAUCUACUUAUUGACAAAAGCCCUUAUUAUUGAUCAAGUACUUAUUAACAGUUUAUUUUCUUUAUAAUCAUAUCUAUGUUGCUUUGGGAGGAACUUAACACAGAUAAUAGCACUCUUCUUGCAAAUAUGAUCAAUUGAUUUUUUUUUUGAGUGAGAGAGAGAGAGUACAUGAGUGGGGAAGAGGAGUAGAGGAACAAGGGGAGAGAGAAUCCUAAGCAAGCUCCACACUUGGCGUGGAGUCCAAUGUGGGGCUUGAUCGCACGACUGUGAGAUCACGACCUGAGCUGAAAUCAAGAGUCAGAUAUUCAACCAACCAAACUAUCCAGGCACCCCCAAUUAAUUGAUUCAUAAUAUUUGAUUUAUAGUCAAGCUAGGUCUAAAAAGCAUUUGAAGGGAUUAACAGUGCGAGACACCUAUACAAGAACAUUUCAAAUAGCCACUGACAUUUUGAAAAAAUAAGCACCAAGGAAGAAGUAUAUGUUCCAAGUAGAUGAAAAGCAUUAUAAUGAUUGAGCCUUGUAUAUAGCUCUAACUUUAUAAUCAAGGCAAAAGCAAAACAAUAUGUAAUCUCCGUCAUCUGAUGAAAGGAAGCAUACCAGUUUUUUAGGAGACACAUUUUCUUGGAACUGAAAUCUAAAAAAAGACACAAGCAAUUCAAUGUCAGUAAGCUUUGAGCAACAUAAUAAACAUCCAGUUUAUCUGUCCACUACAGCCAUUCUUUCCAUGAAGUGUGCUUUGGGAGAUAAACUAUGCCCUAAACCCAGAUGAAAGCCUUCUGAAGAGGGAAAAGGUCAGAGAUUAGAGAUUUAGACAAAUGUCUCCUCUUACUUUUCCAAAGCCUUUGUGGACACUGUUCUUUACUUGGGCCUGGAUUUGUUUCUGAAGUGCCUAGAGCAAUGUAAUGACAAUCGCUAUCAGUGGAAGCUUUAUUUCUUUAGAGUCCAUUGAAAUAACACCACCAUUUAAAUGCAACAUUUGUUUUCAUUGCUCCUAUAAGCAGUUUCCUUUGAAAAAAUUGCAGAUGGUAUGUAUACUUCUUGAUUAAAAACUGAUUAUUUUGCUAAUUAUUAAA